UUCUCUUGGAUUGCUUGUCUGGCUGCUUUGUCGCCUUGGCAACCGAAGGUGAAAAACGAAUAACAAAAUAAAAUAGCCUAUUCGCUGCUGCACGGUCGUGUACAUACAACAGCGAAAAAAGCAAGUGUUGUUUUUCAGCAUUAUCCUAUUUCAGUGAAAAAUUCACUACAAAAUGUGUUUUGUUCCACUGCAUGACGGGCGAUUUGUGCAAGCCAGCAUUUGGUAGAUUCCGUUCAGCACUUUUUUGGGGGAGGGUGUACAAAACGGGAUGAGAGAUUGUUCCUGGUCGGUGUUGUGCAAUACGAGAAAGGAGUGAUAUUGUGGCUGGUCGUUCCUGUUAGAUCCUCAACUGCACCCCAAAAUGUGUCCUAAGGAUAAUCUAUUGUGUGGCUGUGUUUAUGUUUGAAAUCAGGAAUCUGUGGCGAAUCCUCAACGUGAAACAAUUUGUGUUUUGUCUCGUAUGAAUAUCAGAGAAUGAAUCGUGUCGCUAAUCGAAGUAUGGAGGUGCGGAUUCAGAUAAAAAGGGUCGCCUUACACUGCAUAAUCACCCGGAAGCCUUAAGAUACGAACAGCUGCGUUUCAUGUACCAUCGUAUACCAAAUUUAAAAAAAAAAACGGAUAGAAUAGAGAAUCUGAAUUCUGCAUCAUAUCACUUUAGUACACGAUAAUUGCAACUAAAUAACUGAUACAGGGUCCUAACAAGUAAUCUCCAGUCAGGCCUUAAGCCGUACAGAUACCACGAAUUUACAAUUACAAAUACAAUUAUCCACUCACCACCAUAACGUAAUCUACCAUGGCCACACGUUUGGCAACGCAACGUAGCUUCAUUACAGUGACUCCGGUCACCCCGUCCACCACCGAUUCUACCGCAGUGGUUGGAACGUCCAGCGUUUCGCCUGCCCAGGCCGCCACCACAGGACCUCAUCAGAACGAUGUAAUGGCAGUUUCCACCUCACCAACGAAAACAGCUACGAUCACCAUACCAGCCGCGGCGAUUCAAGGUUCAAGUACGAUUAAGAACGGUACCGGCAAAACGGUUACAAUUGCUGCUGCUGCUGCCACAACAACGGCAAAUCCAGCAGCGGGGGCCUCAAUCAUACCGACCAGUUUGAUCGCUAAUAAUCUAAGCAUUGCUAAUAUUUUAGGCACACAGAAUGGGGGCUUAACUCUGCAGCAGAUCAUUCAACAGAAAAAAAUCGUAAUCCAUCCAAACGGAACUGUCAUCGAUAUUUUACCCAUCGAGGAGGAUGAUUCGGUGGAGGAUAGUAAACUUGGAGUUCAGUUAGCUUCGCCGAAUGGUGGUGAAGCGACCGUCAGUAAUGGUAGCAGCGGAGGUCAGCAGCACGUGACUGCUCAAGUAUCCGUUGUUCAGGCUCAAAGCCCCACCGAGGGAGGACCUCACUACAUAACCGUAACAGCAGCGGUGGAUCCGGAAGCGGAUGAGGAAGAUGUUCACUCCUACGCUUCACUGACGGCUGUCGACGUGUCUUCGCCAGAUAAUGUCCAGAAUCACCAUACCUAUGUGCAAUACGUUGAUUCGGAUAUGUACAGUGCCACCGGUCAGGGACAAACCCAAAUGACCUAUCCUGUUUAUACGGUCGGCGAUUAUGGUUCCGCCGGUGGUCAGCAAUACUACACGACUGGUGGUGGCGGUGGAGGCACAGGAGGUGGAACUGGUGGGACCGGAAAUAACAAUUAUACUACAUCUUCCGCCGGCGGUGGCGGCAAUUCACAUUCAUCUAGCGGCGGUGCCAGCGCUGCCACCAAUGGAAGUGGCCCGGCCGGCGGGAAUGGCACCGGUGGGAGCAAUCAACAGCAGCAGCAGCAGUACAUUGUUCCAGUGGACGAGGCGACGUUGCUUGGGACAGCCACUACAAAUGGAACGCAUCAACGCGAAUCGCCACAAACCAUGACGGACGUCGCUACCUAUAUACAAUCGCAUCAGACUUCUUCGCAUCAUUCCAACUCAACAACGCCGACACCCGAGGUGGACCAGACGCCAAAUCUCAGCCACGCCACGCGUGUUUCACCAGCGACGGUCGCUUGGUUAGUAGAGAACUACGAGAACGCCGAAGGAGUCAGUUUGCCGAGGUCGACAUUGUACAACCAUUACAUGAGGCAUUGCAACGAGCACAAGCUGGACGCGGUGAAUGCCGCUAGCUUCGGGAAGCUCAUUCGGUCGGUAUUCACAGGACUGCGCACACGUCGGCUGGGGACUCGAGGUAACAGCAAAUACCACUACUACGGCAUUCGAAUUAAGCCCGGUUCGGCCCUGAACAACGCAAUGGACGACGGUAAACCUAUGAACGCUAGUCAUCUCAACAAUAACAACAAUCAUAGCCAGAAUCACAACUCAAUUGGUGGCGGUGGAAACGGUGGCACCGGUGGUGUUGGGGGAAUUGGCGGUCACGGCAAUACGAUGCACCAUCGGGGCCCGAAAAAGGGUACUAUGAAGAACGAAAUUCCGGAGUCUUGUGCUCAGUACUUGGGAGAUGCCAGUGGUGCCAUUCCCCAGUUUCCUGUGAUCAAUCUAAGUCACCCGUUUCCAGAGGAGAUCACCCUGGAAGACGUGGACACAUUGCGUUCGAUCUAUCGCGAACACUGUGAAGCCUUUCUAGAUGCCAUCCUAAAUUUGGAUUUCAACACAAUCGAAUCGUUGUGGCGCGAAUUUUGGCGAGCUGAGAACAAUAACAACGGUGACGAGUGCGAGGAGGAAAAGUAUCUGAGCAAAUCCAAACUGUACGUGUUGACUCAGUGCGAGCCUAUUCAGGAAUUCAUCAAACAGGUUGAUUUCAUGUUUUACCAAAACAUGGUUGAAGUUCUUAUUCCAGACGUAUUGCGCCCCAUUCCAACCGGGCUCACUCAGGCAAUUCGAAACUUUGCCAAGAAUUUGGAAAAUUGGCUAUCAUCUGCCAUGAGUGGCUGUCCGGAGCAAGUGGUAGCCAUCAAAUUGUCCGCGGUGUCCGCUUUCGGUCAGACCCUUCGUCGCUACACCUCUCUCAACCAUCUUGCUCAGGCGGCACGAGCCGUCCUCCAAAAUGGAACCCAAAUCGCUCAAAUGCUAAACGAUCUCAAUCGGGUGGAUUUUCGGAACGUUCAGGAGCAGGCCUCCUGGAUCUGCCAGUGUGACACAGCGACCGUACAACGGCUGGAGAACGACUUCAAAGCAGCACUGCAGCAGCAGAACACAUUGGAGCAGUGGGCCAGCUGGCUGCGAGCUGUGGUAGAUGAUGCCCUAGAGGAGUACCGCGGGAAACCGGCGUUUGUGAAUGCGGCAAGGCAAUUUCUGCUUAAGUGGAGCUUCUACAGCUCGAUGGUGAUUCGGGAUCUCACACUACGUUCGGCGGGAAGCUUCGGCAGUUUCCACCUAAUAAGACUGCUGUACGACGAGUACAUGUUCUUCAUCAUCGAGCACAAGGUGGCGGAAGCCACACAUACUACUCCGAUUGCCGUUAUGGGAGAGAAGGACAACGCCACCCAACAGUCACUGCAGUCACAACAUCAGCAGCAGCAACCGUCCCUGCACCAAGCGGACGACAUGAACAGCAUGAUCUACACGUCCGACUUCGAGGUCGUCAACGUGAAGCUGGAACCGAGCGCGAAGCGAAUGCGCAGUUAGUCAAUUUUCUCCACCACUGGUGGCGGAAGCGGUGGCCUUUACCAUUCAUCUCAAAACACUUCCGCCGGUCAUCGGCAGCAGUUCCCCUCGUCCUCGUCGUCGUCGUCUGUAGCAGCAGCGGCGCAUACUACCUGGUAUUUAGCCCCGUCCUCCUCCACGUCCCCAUCCAACAACAGCAGCGGGGCCAGUGUGGAUGGAGAGUCCUCGUUCGCCUCGUUCUACUGUGGCCAUUAGCUGCGUGAGGUAGAGGCAGUGAACAAAAAUAACAGCAACAACAACAAAAAUCUAUCGAUGUGUAAGUUAGUGUGUAGUUCUGUAGCUUCUGUGCUCUAGGGUAAUGUUUAUUUAUUCGAACUUUUUUUUUGUUCAUGGAUUUUAACGUGGUUUAGGUUAGUUUUUGUCUGUUGGAGGCAAAUAUUUUCAUUUUCUUGUUUCAUUUUGUUGUAAAAUAUUGUGUUAUUAGGAGUGUCGAUGCCUGAAGUAAUUCACUCGCUUCGAUUGCGUAAAUUGUACAUAGACUGCGCUGCGAAUUUUACCUCCAUGUAGAAAUUAUACCGUUAGAAGAGUUAUAUUUUAUUUAUACAAACCAGCUUGCAUAUGCUCAACGAACUAUUGGAAAUAUUCUUAGCGAGAGCGAUACUGAAUUGAACUAUUUAUUGUGGAACCGAACAGGACAAAAAAUGCUGUCAUUCUCAGUUAUUUUUUUACUGUACAAGUCAUUUCUCUUGUGCAAUCCUUCAGAGGUAAAAUGAUACAAUUAAGGUUAUUUCAACAGACUAUUUCAAAUAAGGAACGAAACGAAUAGUAGAAUUGAUUGAAAGAUGUGCAAUGUGCUAUAAUGAAUUUGCAAAGAGCGAAAAAACAUGAAAAUCAAAACAACCAAAAUUGCAAAUUAUUUUAGUCGUGUAACAGCAACAUAUUUUUAAGAAUCGAGAACUACGAAUAUAGUGCUCAAAAUGCACGGAAAACACAAGUACACAUUUCUAUGGUUUUUAUUCAUAGCUAACAUAAGCAAAAUUAGCGGUAUUGAAUCCAAACUAAAAUAAUGAAAAAGAUAUUUUAUGGAAAACAAAAAAUUUAAAAUAAAACAGAUAAUUGUAUGUGCCUGUGGAAGUAUAAGUGAAACGAACACUUACAGUACUAACUAAAACGACUAAACACAAUAGAUGAAGCCUAACAUAUGCGCGAAUGAAACAGAAUUCCUAGGUCUAAUCGUAACAUAAUCAACAAAGCCACUUCAACGAAACUGAGAAACCGAGAUCGGAAUACUAAUUUUAAACUAGUCACAUUGUUUUACGUUUCCUAGUUCAUGCUAAGACUCGAAUCGGAAUCAUUCCGGAAAUGCCAUUUUCAGUACUACUUCAUAAGUUAGCCACAGUUAGAAGCCAUCAUAGGUUACGGAACGACGCACGCUCAUAUGGAUAUGUAGUUUUCAGUUUAAUGCAAAGCACCUGCCCAGAAUGCUUAUGUUGCUCCUCCUUCCUGAUGAUGAUGAUGAUGAUAGCGCGAUGAGAUGAAAAAUAAUUGAAAUUGUGAUUGGCCGAUAGAAGAAAACUGGAAUGUCUAUUUUUGAAGUAUGUCAUUAGUGUUAGGUGGGCUUGCAAAGGAAACAAAAAAAAAACGGAAAUUGUGCAUGCCAUUUUUAGCUGUGUUCGUACUUCGCACCACGAUUGUGUGCAAUGGACACUUCCUCGUUGCAGGAUAUUCGUUCUUACAUUUUUUUGCGAGGCGAAUUGAACACACAUACAAAACAAUACAAAACAUAAGAAUUGUCACCAAGGAAAUUUGAAAGUCUAUAUAUAUAUAUAUAUAUCUAGAGUGUAAGAUCAGUUUUAAAAUGUGCGUGAGCACAAUAGA